CAAGAUAAUUUCGAUGAGGCGAAGUUUUAUGCUGAUAAGACUCUCGCCUCUGACAAGUACAACCCAGAAGCAUUAAUUAACCGUGGAAACGUCGCGUUUGCUCUGGGGAGGUAUUCCGAGGCCCAGGAAUACUACAGAGCAGCGUGGAGCAGUGAAAGCACAUCGUUCAGGGCUUUGUAUAACAUGGGUCUUGCGUAUGAAAAUAUGAAUCAAUACGAGGCAGCGCUGGAUUGCUUUAAUAAGCUUCGAGGGGCGUUUCCGCACGAUGCACAGAUUCUUUGCAAUAUCGCUCGGAUGUACAUGCAGGCAAGCUGUAUUGUUCCGAAUGACCCGUUUAUUUUGGCGAAAAUUGCUGAACUUUACGAACGAGAAAGUGGUAACCCUCAGGCUCUGCAGUAUUACCAUGAGGUAAUGAAAUAAAA